UCCUCCUCCUCCUUGGCUGGAGCCGCCCCGCUCUCCUCUCCUCUCUCUCUCUCUCCCUUCUUCUUCUUCUUCUUCCUUCUUUCCCUCCCUUUCUCCUUCUCUCCUUCCUUCCUUGCUUGUGUCCCUCCCCGCCAUGCCGGACCAGAUCUCCGUGUCGGAAUUCGUGAGCGAGACCAAUGAGGAUUACAAGGCGCCCACCGCCUCCAACUUCACCACCCGCAUGGCCCAGUGCAGGAACACCGUCGCCGCCAUCGAGGAGGCACUGGAUGUUGACCGAACUGUUCUUUAUAAAAUGAAGAAAUCUGUAAAAGCCAUAAAUAUUUCUGGUUUAGCUCAUGUGGAAAAUGAAGAACAAUACACUCAAGCUUUGGAGAAAUUUGGAGGAAACUGCGUCUGUAGGGAUGAUCCAGAUUUAGGAACAGCGUUUUUAAAAUUUUCUGUAUUUACAAAGGAGUUGACGGCACUCUUCAAAAACUUGAUCCAGAACAUGAACAAUAUAAUCACUUUCCCACUGGAUAGCUUGCUGAAGGGAGAUUUAAAAGGAGUGAAAGGGGAUCUGAAGAAACCUUUUGAUAAAGCAUGGAAAGACUAUGAAACAAAAGUGACAAAAAUAGAAAAAGAGAAAAAAGAACAUGCAAAAUUACAUGGAAUGAUCCGCACAGAAAUAAGUGGGGCUGAAAUAGCGGAAGAGAUGGAAAAAGAGCGGAGGUUCUUUCAGUUACAAAUGUGCGAGUAUCUGUUGAAAGUCAAUGAAAUCAAGAUUAAAAAGGGCGUUGACUUGCUUCAAAACCUCAUCAAGUAUUUCCACGCACAAUGCAACUUCUUUCAGGAUGGUCUGAAAGCAGUCGAAAGUCUCAAACCUUCGAUAGAGAAGCUCUCCACAGACCUUCACACUAUAAAGCAAGUGCAAGAUGAAGAAAGAAAGCAGUUAAUUCAACUUAGGGAUAUUUUAAAAUCUGCUCUUCAGGUUGAUCAGAAAGAGGAGUCUCAGCUUCGCCAGAGUACAACUUACAGUUUACAUCAACCUCAGGGAAAUAAGGAGCAUGGCACUGAAAGAGAUGGCAGCCUCUAUAAGAAAAGUGAUGGAAUCAGAAAAGUGUGGCAGAAGAGGAAGUGCAUAGUUAAAAAUGGUUUUCUUACAAUUUCCCAUGGUACAGCAAAUCGACCUCCUGCAAAGCUCAAUCUCUUAACUUGCCAAGUGAAAACAAACCCAGAAGAGAAAAAAUGUUUUGACCUCAUAUCACAUGACCGAACGUAUCAUUUCCAAGCAGAGGAUGAACAGGACUGCCAAAUUUGGAUAUCAGUGCUACAGAACAGUAAAGAGGAAGCUUUAAAUAAUGCAUUCAAAGGUGAUGACAACACAGGAGAAAACAAUAUUGUUCAAGAACUGACCAAAGAAAUAAUAUCUGAUGUUCAGAGGAUGCCUGGAAAUGACACAUGUUGUGAUUGUGGAGCACAAGAUCCUACAUGGCUGUCAACCAACCUGGGCAUUUUAACUUGCAUCGAGUGUUCAGGAAUCCAUCGAGAACUUGGUGUUCACUAUUCCAGAAUGCAGUCACUCACAUUAGAUGUGCUGGGAACAUCUGAAUUGCUGCUGGCCAAGAAUAUUGGGAAUGCAGGAUUCAAUGAGAUCAUGGAAUUUUGUCUACCUGGAGAUGAAGUAGUCAAACCUAAUCCAAGCAGUGAUAUGAAUGCAAGAAAAGAUUACAUUAAUGCCAAAUAUAUUGAAAGAAAAUAUGCACGGAAAAAAUAUACUGACAAUGCAGCUAAACUACAAAACCUGUGUGAAGCAGUCAGAACAAGAGACAUUUUUGGAUUGGUUCAAGUGUAUGCUGAUGGUGUGGAUUUAACUGAGAAAAUCCCACUAGCAAAUGGGCAUGAACAAGAUGAAACUGCUCUUCAUCUUGCUGUGAGAUCGGUUGAUCGGACUUCACUUCACAUAGUUGAUUUCUUGGUGCAGAAUAGUGGCAACCUUGACAAGCAGACAUGUAAAGGUAGCACAGCUCUUCAUUACUGCUGUUUGACAGAUAAUGUUGAAUGCCUCAAACUACUGUUGAGAGGAAAGGCUUCCAUUGAAAUAGCCAAUGAAGCUGGAGAAACGCCAAUGGAUAUAGCUAAACGCCUAAAACAUACACGCUGUGAAGAAUUGCUCUCUCAGGCUCUGGCUGGAAGGCUUAAUUCCCACGUUCAUGUAGAAUAUGAAUGGCGAUUACUUCAUGAAGAUCUUGAUGAAAGUGAUGAUGAUGUAGAUGAAAAGUUGCAGCAACCAAGCCCCAAUCGAAGAGAGGACAGACCUGUAAGUUUCUAUCAACUAGGAUCAAGCCAGCUUCAGCCUAAUGUGGCAUCUUUGGCAAGGGAUGCUGCCAAUAUAGCCAAGGACAAGCAAAGAGGCUUAAUGCCAAGCCUGUUACAGAAUGAGACCUAUGGAGCCAUACUCAGUAGCAGUCCACCUCCUACCCAGCCUGCACCACCUGUUACAAGUGCACCUCCCUUGCCUCCCAGGAACAUUGGAAAAGUUCAGUCUUCAUUUCUUGGCAGUGCUGUUCAGACAACUCCUUCAUCGAACACACUGUGGAAGACAAAUUCUUUAGGAAUGGAAAGCAUAAGCAGGCAAAGGUCUUCAUCAGAUCCACCAACUGUCCAUCCCCCUGUUCCACCAUUGCGUGUAACAUCUACAAAUAUACUCUCUUCAGCACCACCUCCAGUUGCAAAGACAGCCAGUAUUCUUGAAGCUUUGAACCAGCAGUCGAAACAGCCAGCUGUCCCACAAACCAAACCUACACCACCGCCACUUCCUCCACAGCCUCCAAGUAGAAUUUCUCAGAAGAAGCCUGCUUCUGGGACUGAUAAAUCAUCCACUUUAACUAACAAGAGCAAGGGAUCUGGAUCUCUACAGCAGUCCAGUGGGGAAUCUUCCUCAGCAUCUGAAAUUGCUGGAUCACAAACUACAAACAUCUCAGGACCCAUCCAACCCCCAGCUCCUAUGCCAAGGAAGUCCCAGAUGUCGAAAACAAAGCCCAAGAGAGUAAAAGCAAUUUACAACUGUGUAGCAGAUAACCCAGAUGAACUAACCUUUUCAGAGGGUGAUAUCAUCAUAGUUGAUGGUGAGGAAGAUCAGGAGUGGUGGAUUGGACAUAUUGAUGGAGAACCCAACCGAAAAGGAGCUUUCCCGGUAUCAUUUGUGCACUUUAUUGUUGACUGAAUAGAUGGAAAGACAUUCCAUUCCUAGAUUUUGCUACAGCUUCCUGCCUGUAAUCAAAUGUUUCAUCAAGAUAUUGUAUGAAUCAUACACCAAUAAUUGACUCAUUACAGCAAUUCUUAUGAUGUAACUUAAGAUUUCUGAUUUACUAUGGGAGGGUUUACUUUAUGCAAUUAAACCCUCAAAUAUUAUAAUUGGAAAGCCUUCAAAACACAAGAUACCAGUUCUGUGAAAAACAUGAAAUCUGUUUUCAUACAUUUUGGCAUGAAAACUUCCUUGGUGUCCUAGGCACUAUGAUUUCUCAUUCAGUGCACAAAAUCAUUCCUUGGGCAGACUAGCUGAGCUAAGAGAUUAAUAGCUUGACUGCAUUAAUAUAUUACAUUUCAGUGCCUAUAAUGCAUAUCACAUCUUUGCAUUCAGUGUCUUGAGAGUUACUGCAGGACAGUGUAGCUACAUUGAAAACUCAAUUUUAACAGUGGCAAUAUCUUCUGCUUUGAUGUACUGUAGUAUGCUACAGUAAUAUGAAGGCACAAAUUUAGUGACAAAUUGUACAUAGUGUCCAAUUACUUAUCUCCCUUGUCCAGAUCCAUUGGUUAAAAUGAGGUUUUCUGAAGGACUUGACUACUUUGUGAAAACGCACAGAUGUACCAGAAAGAUUCUAGUAAGUGUCCCUAAGGAGCCUCCCCCAAUGUAUUGGAAAGCAGUUAACAACAAAGAUUCUUCUUCAGCCAGAUGUGUUUGGAAUCCAUAAAUCCACAAUACUCAUUAGAAAUCCAUUCCUUUUCAAAUGCCUGGGAAGGGAGGACUGAGAGUUAAAAGUCUGUAUUAAUGUCCCAGUAAUGCACCCAAACCAGGCACUUAUGGUGUAACACCACAUGAUAUGUUUCUCACAGACAUAUACUGACUACAGAAUAAAAGAAAAUAGACAAGAGAAGGUAUGUCUGAACAGAAUAUUAUCCACAUAUUACUGGACUCUUGCAAGACAAUCGGCAAGAUUAUCACAAAAGCCUGAGAUCUGUCACAAAAAGUUCAAUGAUUACAGUGCACUGAAUGGACUGUAGCUAUUCCUAAAGUGUGAUAGAUAUCUCCAUCAGGCAAACAUAUUUGCAAAACUGAGUCCAAGGGGCAAAACAUGUUGCACAAGGAACAAUUAAGUUAUUUGAGAUCACCUUAACAAACCAAUGAUUAAAUUGCUCAUACUUUCCUACUGCCAUUAAUGGAGAGCAAGCACCUAAUGUAGCUAGUAUGCUCUAAUAUCCUGUCCCCUUGUAAUACAGAAGAAGGGAUGGGAAAUAUUUAUGGCCAGGCUGAGGAACUCUCCUCUCCCCAGAUAUUACGGUCUAUAGCUUCCAUUAUCCAUUACUAUUGGUUGUGGUGGCUAGGGCCCCUGGGAAUAGUAGAUGAAAAGAGUGGAAGAGCCAAAGAUUCCCCAUUCCUGCUUUAUAGGCAUAGGACAGAGGGGCAGCUUUGUAAAGCCCUGCCUACCUCCCCCAUACCGUGAGGAAGAAGCCUUAAGACUGGGGUGCAAACCUACAGCUCCCUAACAUCAAGCAAUGUUUCUAAGUAGAAAUAGAACUUGCAAUAUAACCAGCAAAUACUUUGCCCUCCUAGCUGGUGACUUAGCGUCAGGCAAAAAGGGUAACAUUUCUGCCACUUGAGAUGUAUGAUCAUAAACUCUAGCAGGGAAUAUCUUUUUUCACAGUGUGUGAAUGCUGGAAACAUAUACUUGUAUGGGAUCUACAAGAAAUGAAUACUGUAAUUGCAUAUUUAUUUAUUAAAAACCUUGUUAGAAAGACCUUUGGUUUUACAAAAGAAAUAUUUUAAUAAUUUGAUGUAGAUAAUUGCUUUAAACCAUGAAUCUGCUUACCUCAUACUUUAUAGAUAUGAGGGCAUACUUUUCUAUACUAAAUAUACAUGUGGCAUAUAUGUUACUUCAUUCUUCGGUCAUCUUUAAAGUAACAAAAAACCAUGCUAGUUACCAACUACUGGUAAAUAAAACCAAGAAAUGGUUUAGUUUGGGGGAUUUUAUUCACAGUCCCCUUUUAAAAACACAAACACACCAUAAUUCAUGGUGUCCAGACUUUUUGUUUUUAAAGCACAUUGUGGUGGGGCAGUGUAGUAGGGUAUUGAUCCAAAUGUUCCCUGUAUUAAGGUAUACACCACUGUCCUGCAAGCAGUUCAAUAUCUGUUUGCGGAUUCACACUGUAUACUUAAAAUAUACUCAAAAAUGUGGUAGGUAACACUGUUAAUAAUUGUGAAUAGAUUUCAUAAUUCCAAAUGGAUAAUAGACUAUUACAGAACAUAGCAAUGUCCUUUUAAUGUUUGUAUAUUGUGAUAUUGUAACAGGUUUUUAUUUUGCAUAUGCUACCCAAAAAUGUGCACUGGUAGCAUAGGAUUAGAAUAUCAAUGUCCAGGUCACAUUGGCUUUGAUCACAAGUUUUGUGACUAUUGUAUCUCUAGAUUUAUCAAGAGAACUUUGAAUUUCUGACUCAGAAAUUAUGUAUAUAUCGGCUAGCGUAGAUUGAAACAGAUGGGGAAAGGACCAAUUGGUAUAUUUAUAUAUGGGGAGGAGAUGCCAAAUCUCACCCUUUAUACUACCUUGCUAAAAUGGUACAUUUGAGACAACUUGUCAAAUGUUUGGCUGCAAAUCCAUUGGCUUAUAUUAAAAACUCUCUUUAAUACAGGCUGUUGCAGUGUUUAUGGGGAAAAACUGGAAUGUUUCAGGAUAGUUUUGUUGCAAGUUUUUAAAGCUAAGUCUGCAUAUUCAAAGUUCCUGCUAAAAUAGAUAUGUAUAUUAGAAGAAUAGUUUGCCACUACACAUUCAUUCAGAGCCUGAUGGGUUCAGUUUGGCUUUUAACACUAUUUUUUAUGUUUCUAUGCCUGAUAAACUCUAGAAUAUAAACUGGCACAUUAUUUUGCACGGUUCACUUAUGUACAGUAUUUUUAACACAGAAUCUUAAAAAUAAUAAGUGCAAAACAGCAUUUAGAAGGUUUUUUUAGCCCUUAAAUAUUAUAUCUGCAAGGAUCCACAGAAAAGACUUUGAUGGGGAAAUCCCUUUUGCCUCCUGGCAAGUAUCUUUUGUAACCCAGGAGACUUUCAAAAGCAGACUCAUUAUACACAGGUCUGUCAAUCAAAGGAGGGGAGGAAAGUCAAAAUUCACUCAGUGUAGCUGAAGUGGAUAUAUGGAGCCAGUCUUUGUUUACAAGCAUCCUGCAAAUACCUAAAUCAGGGUUAUAGGAAAAUUUGAAUUAAAAGUAUUUCUCACACUACAGUGAGAUGACACUAAGACUUGGAAUAAAGACUUCUGUUUUAAAAGUUCAUAAUUUUUGGCACUAUUUGACACUCUUAACUAUCCGCCAAGUAUUUGAAUUUCUUCUUUUUUUUAGUGCUAUAUUUUCAGGUCAUAUUAUCUUUCACAAAAUCUGAUGAUAUUCAGCAACCUCUUAGUGAGCACACAAUUACUGUGUUAACUAUUUUAAUAAGGAACAUAUGACACUUACAAUGCAGCUCAGAAUGCUAUUUGAGAUGUAUAAUUUUCAGUGUGAUGGUUUUGAUUGUUUAGUUGCAGAGCAACUGUAUACAUUGUAUAACCUCAAUCCUUAUUUUUAGUGUCUGAAUGCAUUGAUUUAUAAUUUGAGCAUGAUUAAUUUUACUUUUGUUAAACCAGUCACUUAACUGGAAAAAUAAACUACUUUUAAGCCUA